UGACCUGCUCUGUACGAGUCGUGGAAGACACGUUAUCAGGCUGCAGGCAGCCUUGCGGUUCCGCCGGUUCUCCCACUCCCCAUAACAAUGUCUAGGGAUUUCCCAAAAAUGCCUCAACGACGGCGUUGGCAAACAGACGCAUGUCACUCCCGACUCGUUGUAUCUCAAUGCGUCGCUCUUAGACACAAGGCAGAUGGGUACGUUCCCAGUAAUCCGUCGCGCUGGCGACUCAGGCACAGGUUUCAUGGCUCUGAAUGCGGCCACAAACGCAGAGCACAGUACUCCACAGAUUCGAGAGGCGGAGGGACACCCUCGCUGCCCACAAAAGGAGACUUCCAGCUGCAGACCGACCAUGGAGACUUGCUCUGGUGACGUUGUUGUUGUUGACUCCCAGGGAUACAAUCUUUUGUUGGUGGGACAGGCUAACAGAAACUGGCGACUCACUGGUCUUGACGAUGUCCAAAACCUCGUACAGCCGGUUGACAUUGACAGGUGGCACAGCAGUAGCAGCAGUAGCAGCAGCAGCAGCAGGUAGGCAGCCUUUCCACAGUGGGGGCACGGAGAUGGAACAAUUCUUUGAACAGUCUUCCAACUUCGGCAGAGCUUCAAGUCGCACAUCCGAACAGCUCGACCAGUAGGAGAAAGCGGGAAUGGCUUCCAGCGAAAGUUUGUGAGCCACAGGAGUUCCCGAUCUGGACACGGGCCCUAGGGUCAGGUGGUGGUGGGAUAGAAGGAAUUGGCGGUGGAAGACGAGGACCAGACAACGGUGCCAUGGCGACCUUGAUAUCACUUGCAACGAGUUGAAAAAGCUGCCGUCAACCGCUGUGUAUUUGGAUCGCUGCUCUGGAAAGGGGGCCGCUCAGAAGCAUCGGUCUCGUAUUUGUUUGUCU